AUUGGUUAUUUAUUUAAAAUGGAAAAUCAACGAAUAUAUCCACGUAACGACGAGAGAGAUCGUGAAGAUACUCCAAUAUAUUCAAGAUUAUUUAUUGUAUGCGAUCGUGGAUUAAAAGAAGAACAAUUUAGAAAUGCGUUUUCAGAAUUCGGCUGUGUAGAAGAUGUCCGUAUACCACGCGAUCAUAAAACAGGCGAACCAAAGGGAGUUGUUUUCGUAAAAUUUUCAAAAACUUCCGAAGCAGCUAAAGCUUUGGAAGCUAUGAACUCCAAAGUCAUUACUAAUUCUAGUCGGCCGCUUAAAGUUAUGGUUGCAGCUAAUAGAUCAGAAAUUCAAUCGGAAGAUUGGAGUAAUGAUAAAUAUAGACGACUAUUUUUACAUGUUCCGAAAAGUGCGACCGAGGAUUCAUUAGAAGAGCAUUUUAAACAAUUCGGUCAUGUCGAAGAUGUUUUAAUACAAAGGGAUAGACAAACGGGAGAAUCUAAAGGUUUAGCAUACAUAAAGUAUCGCAAAUUUUCUGAAGCGGCUAUUGCAUAUGAAGAAUGUGAGAGGAAAUACAGAGCAAUAUUCGCUAAGACAAAGGCUUAUAAUAAACGCUCUGCGACAAGUUUCGAAAAUAACAUAAACCAUCUCGCAAAUUCGUCAGUCAGUCAAAAAAAUUCACUCAUGUCUAUGAUGAAUGUCACUCCAAGAGGUUUUACACGACUCAACUUUAGAUGCAGUCCAUAUUUAACUCAAAUGCAUGUAGACACAUUAUUCGAUAUAAUACCAGGUUUGGUCGAUUGCAAGUACUUUGUUGACUUGAUGAGAAAUGUCGGCAAAGGUUUUGUGCAAUAUUCAAAUCCAAUUUCAGCUUCCUAUGCUUUUGAAAAAUUGAAUGAAUUUGAAUAUCCACCAGGUCAAAAAAUCUUUAUCAAACCUACAAACACAGAUUUCGACCCUCAUGAGAAUGAAAACCUUAAUAUACCAAAUGCAGUUAAUAAUUUAAGGAAUGCAAUUGCAUCCACUUCUAAUUCAUCUUCCCCUGAUCUUGCUCAGCUAGCAGAAGCUAUUGCAGAAGCGUCAAAAUUGAUUAAAAUAGCUACUGCUGGAGUAUCUGACGAUAAUAUACCUAAUAGUGAUGAUCUAAAUUAUUGCAGUGUUAAGCUACCACCCCCACAACCUCUUGCGGAUAUUGAUAGCCCUGUAGCUAAAAGAUGUUUCUUAGUUUGCAAACCUCAGCCUCCUCCAUUAACAGUUCUAAGAGAUAUAUUCUGUAGAUUCGGCAAUCUUAUCAAUGUUUAUACAUUACCAAACAAAACUGUAGGUUACGCUCGGUACUCUGUUAGUGAAUCUGCAGAUGAAGCCAUAAGAGUUUUACACGGAGCUGAAGUGUGUGGAAUCCGGAUGAAAGUAAUCGAGGCAGAUGCAGAAGCCCCCGCCAAAAGAAUAAGAUUGGACUGACUUACAAAGGACAGACAGGACAUUGGUUUUAAGACAAAUUUGAAACAUUGACAGACAGUUUCUCUAUAAAUGUACCAUGUAGCGCAAACAUUUAAUAAACUUUUAACUUAUAA